AUGACUUCUGUCCAGGGAUCCUGCGAUCCCAGCUUCUCCGCCGUGCGCGACCUGCUAGAAAAACGGGUCAACUCGCACGAUGAGAUCGGCGCCUCCAUCUGCGUUAACAUCGGGGGCCGCACCGUGGUCGAUAUCUGGGGCGGAUACGCUGAUCGAGCGCGCACCGAGCCCUGGAAAGAAGACACCAUCGUGCCCGUCUGGUCCAUCACCAAGACGGUGAUGAACCUCGCCGCCCUGAUCCUCGUCGACCGCGGCAUUCUGGACCCCAACGCGCCGGUCGCCAAAUACUGGCCUGACUUCGCAACCCCUGACAAGGAGAAGAUCCAAGUGCGACACCUCCUCAGCCACACGGCCGGUCUACCCUCAUGGGAUCCGCCUCUCGCGCCCAAUGGGUUCUACGAUGUUGCCAACGCGCUGGAGAAGCUCGUUCAGCAACAGCCUUGGUGGGAGCCCGGCACCGCCUCGGGCUACCAUUUGACUACUCAGGGCUAUCUGGUCGGGGAGCUGGUGCGUCGCGUCACCGGUAAGACGCUGGGCGAGUUCAUCCACGCCGAACUUGCCGGACCUCGCGACGCGGAUUUCCAUCUCCCAGUGGCAGAGGAGCACUGGUCGCGUAUCGGCCAGAUGCAGCCUCCGCCGCCGCUGCCCUUCACCAUUGACGGCGAUGGCAUCCAGCCGCGUGCGAUUCGCGGCAGCCACAUGGAUGCCGAGCAGUGCAAUACGCCCGAAUUCCGGCGUCUGGGGAUCGGUGCGAUGGCAGGGUUUGCGAACGCGAGGGCUGUCAAUCGGAUUCUGUCCAUCGUGUCAUUGCACGGUGAGGUGGACGGGAAGAGGUUUGUGUCGCCGGAGACGAUCGAUCUGAUCUUCCAGGAACAGAUGAGUGGGAAGGACCUGGUGCUGGGAUUGUAUCUACGAUUUGGCAUGGGAUAUGGCUUGCCUCCGCAAGGUGCGGAACCGUCGCUGAAAUGGAUUCCGGACGGACGAAUCUGUUACUGGGGAGGGUUUGGAGGGUCCUUCGGGAUGAUGGACCUUGAUCGCAAGAUGACGAUCACUUAUGCCAUGAAUAAGAUGGGGUAUGGGUUGCUGGGAAACGAGAACACGGUGCAGUAUGUCACGGCUGUGUAUGAGGCGUUUAAAGAUUAUCAGGCGAAGCUGUGA